UGUUUAUUCUGAUUGGUUAAUGCAAUGCUUCGAAGCAUUUCUAGCGUCUUCACGACCGCAGCCACAGUCAAUGAAACUUGUCACAAUCUCUUUUUUCGAAUUUGUAUCUAUCUCAUUGUACAUUGUACAAUCGUAACGUUUCCUCCAGUUUGUAAUAGUGCGGGCCAAAAAUUCACGUACAUCAACAUAACAGUCAUCAAAAUAUACUGAGAGCUUUAACAUUGUUAUUCCAUACCGAUUCAUCGCGACACGAAUUUUUUGGGGAAAUAUUCGGAAUAAUCAAGCCUUUCUUUCGUCGAAAUUAAGAAGUUCUUGAUUAUCAAAAUCGGAUAAAAUGAAUAUAGUGUGUGUGAUUUGUAGAGAAUUGUUAGUACCGUCCAGUGAAGUUUUCUACACACCAUGUGGACAUAUUUUCCACCACCUAUGCUUGAUACAAUGGCUUGAAAGGUCAACAACUUGCCCACAAUGCCGAGAAAGAACAACAGAAAACAAGAUACAUAGAAUAUACUUCAAUUUUUCAAACAAUGAUAGCAUCGUAGAAGACCCUACAUCUCUACAGAACAAAGUUGAUAAUCUGACUUUUCAGCUGCAAUUAAAGGACCAAAGAAUCAAUAAUCUUACGGAAAUCAAGGAAAACUUGAAAACGGAAACAGCUGGUUUAAGACAAGAAGUUAGAAAAGUUGAGAGUGAAAUAAAUGGCAAAAAUAGCGCAAUUCAUGCACUGAAGGAACAAAUCAAAUUUUACAAACGGCAAUGUCAAGAUGUAGACACUUAUAAGCAAGAGAUAGAACAGCUAAAGAAAAAAAAUGAAGGUUUAAAAAACUUGCAGGCUUUGCUAGAUGCUUCUGUAGAUGAAGUGGAUGAUAUAAUGGCGAUGACUUGUGAUAUUGACAAGCUCAAGACAUACAUAGUAAUAAUGAAAAAGAAUAUGAAUACCGAUCUACAAAAAAAAAGAGAGCUAAGAGAUAAAGUUAAAAUUUUACAACAGGAAUUAAUGCGAGUUUCUGCAACAUCUAAAUCUUUGUCAGAGGAACGCAAUAAACGAAAAGAAUUGGAACAACAAUUGAGUAUUUGUGAAAGCGAUAAAGUAAGCCUUCAAAAUCAGCUUCUUGUUAUGCAGAUAAAGUCAUGUAAAUUUGUCCCUAAUAUAAUAUCUGCAGAGAAGCAAGAUAGUUUGAAAGUACAUAAAGGUUGUGAAAUGAAAUCUAUUGAGAUAACAAACGAGAAUGCGAUGAUGCUUGAUGUCACUCCAAGACUAAAAGAAAAUGAUAGUUGUAUUAUUGUAGACACAGAUAGCGUCGAAAUCACUCCACAAAACAUAAAAUCGCAAGGUUUUUUCUCAAUGAAGAAUCAUAGUAUUAAAAGGGAGAGAUCUAAUAGCAAUUUGAAAGUACCCUCUAUACUUGCCAAAAAAUCGAAGUUUGAUGCACCAAAUCAAACUACUCGUGACAGUGAUAUGACUUUUGAUGGUUUUGGGGGACAUGCCAAGUAUGAUAAAUUUCCUAGCCCAAUUUCUGGUUUACAUAUGAAGAAAAUAAAAAAAUGAAGUGGUCAAAAUUUGACACUGAUAAUAAUUAGAACCUCAGUGAUGUAUAUAGUUAUACAGUUGAUAUAAUCUGUGAUGCCUAGAUUGGAAAAAGAUAUCAAUUACAAGAAAUCUAAAAACCAACAAAAUUUUCUACUAGUAAUAUUUUUAUAUGAAAUUAAUUUUCUAAAAUGAAUAUUUUUUUACAUUAUGGAAAAGCAUAUAAAACCACAAAUUUAUUAUAUUAUUUAAUUUAUUAUGUUAUGUGACAAAAGUGUGAGACAUAAGAUUUUAAAUUGACUUUUAAUAUUAAUCAUUGCUAAUUCUAAUCACUUAAUGUUUUCUCACUAUCAAUGUAUGUUUAAAUUAUAAAUACAAUUUUCUUGAAAGAAACAGAA